AGCCAAUGGAAACUGAUGACAAAGUGGAAGAGGAGGAGCCAAUGGAAAUUGAUGAAGUUACGAUGAGCCGACGGAGAUAGAUUAAGAACUAGACCAUGGCGGCUGGUGAUGGAUGCUUGAGAUCAUGCACAAGGUGGUGGCUCCCUGUAAUGAUACUAUUGAGAAACCAGUUCAGCAGCAUCUAGAAAAGGAGCACCCCAAUGAGCUGUACCAGCAUCAUCCCAACUCCAGCACAGGUAGAGUUCUCUUUAGCACGGCUCAGCGCCUCUGCCAGAUGCUGGAGGAUAACGUCCCGAUGGUGCUGCCUGAAAGAGUUAACCUACCGGCGCUCAUCCACAAGCUUGCCUGUCAGGCCAUCACUAUCUGCCACACAGAUCUGUUGCUGGACUGUGUGGAAUUGUGUAAAAGCACCAGAGGAGCUGCUGAUGUGUACCGUCAGUGUCAGACUGAUGACUAUGGCUUUGUCUCAAAGAUUUCGGACGAAACGGCCGAACGCGGUCGUCGGAGAGCGAUGCUGCAGCGUCAGGGAACAGUUUAA